CUCCGAGCUUGCAUCGAGCUUGCAAGGCGUGUUGGUUCAUCAAGUUGCCCACCCACAGCCCCCCGGCGUCCAGCCUGGCGCAAUCGAGCCUAAAGCAAUCUAUCCGAAUGUUGCAUCGGACCGCACGGUUCCUUCCCACUCCCUGCCGUGUGAGUGGGUAAUCGGUUCGGUUUUCCAACAGCUGCAUUUGAUUGAAGCCGAUGCUGCUGUUCGGAUUGCCAAUCCGCCAUGCCGCCGAGUGGGCACGACCGCCUCACCAAUGAUCCCAGAAUAGGAUCAAUCGUGUCCCUUCCCUCCUCCACCACAUGUUGCAUCUUUUAAUGAUGCUCCCCGAGAACCCAUCACCAGCCUUGGGGCAGUGUCCAAGUUUCACUCAAGCUGCCGAUGACUUAGCCCAGAAAACCCCGUCCCUUGUGAAUUCACUGCCCGCAUCAUUCGGUCUUCGCACUCGGUUGUUUGUAUUACCAACCUGAAUUCCCACGCGCCACCUAUCGGCCUAGUCACACCUUAUUCCGAACCUCAACCACAGAAUUAUAUCACAAAUUUCCUUCCUUCGAUAUGUCCACCUCGGGCGAUAUCACGGUCUCGGUGUAUCAGGGGGUGGGCAUCACCUUACUGAUCCUCGCUGCCGGGUUCGUCGCAACUCGCUGCUUUGUCUCUUUUCAAGGUCCUCAGCACAGGCUGGAAAUCGCUGACUGGUGCUCAAUUGUCGGGUUGUCCUUCUUGAUAGCUUCGUACGGAGUCAAUCAUGUGGUUCUCACAGUGACCACCGGCCCCGUGGAAUCAAUUGAUCUAUAUUACCUUCAAAAGAUUGCUGUUGUGAUUAUCAUCGUUGCGCCGGGCACAUUAUGGUUUUCGAAGGCCCCCAUCAUUUUUCUUUACUUGAAGCUCUUUGGAAUCCAUCGUUGGCUGCGAUAUGUUUCGUGGGCUACACUCGUCGUUUCGUUUCUGGUGUACACCGUUGGCCUCAUCUACCCCUUGGUUUACUGCCCUGUCAGCCGCAGCAAGGCAACAUUCCCGGACUACCAACAUUGUGCAUCCGCUAACACACUAGCUGGAGUAUUUUCCGGCUUCGUCUCGGUUCUUGUUGACCUGACUCUGCUUAUUCUGCCAACACCCGUCAUUAUUGCGUUGGAAAUCGACACAUACAAGAAGAUUGGUCUGGGUCUUACUUUCUUCUCUGCUAUACUGGGGGUCGUUGCUUCUGUGGCAGCUCUCUAUUACAAGUGGUCGGCAUUGUAUGGAGAUGGGACCCAUUUGGGAAUUGCAAUCCUCUGCUUCACUAUUGAAGGCGCUGUGGCCAUCAUGGUGGGUUGUGCUCCGGCUUUGAGAUCUUUUUGGAUUCGCCACAUUACCAAGUCAGCUGUGGAUGGGACUGAAGGGUCUUCAAACGCCAUUCGUCACAAGAUUUUGAGCGACAAUACCCCUCAGCAUACAGGAUGGCAGGGCCACGGCAACUUUGGGGAUACUGUUUCACAGAGUAACUCGUAUAUCAGGAUGGAGCCUCGCUGAGAUAUCUGUCCAUGCGGCCACCAGCACAACAAAACAAGAGGAGGCGAGUAAAGAAGUUGGCUUUGUGUUGCAAGAGACAACCUGUGGAUGAUGAAAAUUUUGUACUGUAUUUCAUGCUUUGAUUUAAAUGCCGGGCAUAACAGGUCCUUUAAUUGCUCAUUCACCUGCGACCAGUUGACCUGCACGUGGUAAUGUUGUACGAUAUGAAAAAGUCCACUUGACCGAGUGUGUUCAGCUACUGAAUUGUUGGCAUUGAAUGACUGUCCUGCAUUUCUCCUCAUUCUCUGCCUUCAGUUUCAUUUUCCAGUCAGACUGCCCAUUGGGAUGGCCGUUGGCGGAACCAUUCUUGAUCGAUGCCCCUUUUGGUAAUGCCGGUGAGGCGAGCCGCAUUCCAAGACUGUCAACUGGUGGCAUCUUCCCAGUGACGGCCCUCAAACUAUGCCCUAGAACCACAGCAAUGCUAUUCGCCACACAGGGAAAAAGGUAGAAUGAACUGGUAGCACCGUGUAAUUAUGCACCGCAUGGCCCAAAUCAACCAGUACCACUUCCCUCCGAGUCUGAAGGAAUCCGAGGGGGAAAUGGCGGCGCUUUCCCAAACAUGUAAUGCAAUUGCGUAAUAAUGGUAAUCUGC